GCCAAAUGUUGAGACAUGACUCGCGAAACUUCGCUUGUUGUCUUUUGUCAUAGUCUUAUUCUCUACUGCUCUGUUAUCCGAAUACUUGCACAAACAAGACUGGAGCCAGAAAAGCUGCUAUUGAAUCAGGUUCUGCAUCACAGAGAGACAGUCUUGUACCACUUAGUCCAACUGAAACCAAGCAAAAGUUACGAGUUGCGAGUGUCAUACCCUUCUACGACCCCAACAGAUUUUUAUAUCCAGCUGAUUCCUCACAAAGCUCUACAGGCUAGUAAAACAAGGAAACUCCUUAAUAUUGAAAAACUGGUUUUCAGUAAUGAGUUAAAGGAACAAUAUGCAAAUGUGACAGCAGUCAGAACUGGAAUUCCUUACAAUCCUGCAAGUUUAGCUGAACCUGUAGUUUACAAUAUAGUGCUUGAAGAGCUCUUAUUGGGAAUUCCCUGGCAUACAUGGAGACUUGGUGUUCUUGUUCUUCUUAUUGUGUAUAUAACUUUCAAAUAUCUUGUUCCCCGCUUCCUAAUGUAUAUUGAAGAAAAUGUAAGAAUACAUGGCAAAAGAUAAUAGUUUUGCAAUAAAU